GAGCGUGACGUAGCAGAGGACGCCAUUAGACUGGCUCAGCAGCACAGAGGCUCAGACAGGCGGAAAUAUUAUUUACUUCACCUCCCUCUGUCUCAUUUCUUUUCUUUUUUAAGAAUAAAGUCAGUAGGGGGAUUUACGACGCCGCUUUUUUUUAUGGAAUUGGAUAUUUUCUGGACGUAGAUAUCUAAUGUAAACAACAGGAGAAGAGGAGACGGUUGAGUUUUCUGUGCUGAAGUUGAAGAAGGAUUUCUCUCUCUCUCUUUCUCUCCACCAUGGCGGCUGCUGGCGGCAGUAAUGUUCACAGAACCUUCUCGUUUAAGGUGGUGUUGUUAGGGGAAGGCUGCGUGGGGAAGACCUCUCUAGUCCUCCGCUAUUGUGAAAACAAGUUCAACGACAAACACAUCACGACCCUGCAGGCAUCAUUCCUUACAAAAAAGCUCAACAUCACAGGCAAGAGAGUCAAUCUGGCUAUAUGGGACACAGCUGGGCAGGAACGUUUCCACGCACUCGGGCCGAUUUACUACAGAGACUCCAACGGAGCCAUUUUAGUCUAUGACAUCACUGAUGAAGAUUCCUUCCAGAAGGUUAAAAACUGGGUGAAAGAAUUACGGAAAAUGUUGGGAAAUGAAAUCUGUUUAUGUAUAGUAGGUAAUAAAAUUGAUCUGGAAAAAGAAAGACAUGUUUCAGUGGAAGAGGCUGAGUCGUACGCAGAGUCAGUCGGAGCGAAACACUAUCACACGUCAGCUAAAUUAAACAAAGGAAUCGAAGAAAUGUUCCUCGACUUGUGUAAAAGAAUGAUGGAGACGGCGCAGGCGGAGGAGAGGUCCAAGGGAAACGGGACGAGCCACACGAGCACGGGGCGGAGAGGCGUUCAGAUCAUCGACGACGAACCACAAGCCGCUGCUGCAGCCGGAGGGUGCUGUUCAUCAGGCUAGGACACUGCGCUCACCCCCCCCCCUCCUCUCUCUCUCUCUUUCUCUCUCUCUUUCUUCAAAAGUACUGGUACUCUUCCUCCAUCUCUCGCGCACUCUGCUCUGUAACACUGAUGGCUUCAGCAGUGAUUAGUUUUCCUGUUGACUGCAAAGUUGGAAUACAGCAUCUAAUGGAUCUUAUCAGUUACUUGUUAACUGAGAUCUCUUUCUCUGUGUGUCUCUCUCUCUCUCCCCCACGUACACAUAAGCUCUUUCUAAAUAUUUGAGCACGCACUAAGAUCUGAUUUUCUAAGCUUUUUUUUGUUGUUGUUGAUGUUCCUGUUGUUGUUGUUGUUGUACAUGUUGGGUUGAUUUUCCAUUUUUCUUUUACUCAAAACGCUUAAAGAAAGUAAAGUCCCCGUUAUUUAAUAACUUAAACCUGCACACUGAACCCCGACGUCCGCUGUACCCAUCAUUAGUACUUGCUGAGCUUUCUGUCUUUCUGUCUUCAUCGUCACCCUUUCGAAUUCAUCAUUACCUAAUCAAAAGUUUUAUUAAACUUGCUCUCUUGUUGGUUUCGGACUUGUAUGUACCAGAUCAAGCAAAACUACACACGUUAUUACAGUAUGUUAUUAUUUUAUCCGCUUUUACACCUUGUUUUGGGGGAAACUCGUCCAGCUAGCCACUUGGAAAAGUGUUCAGGACUGUGUUAAUGAUGAGAGUGGAUGAAGAAGUUAAAAAAGCGGCACAGGAAAGGAGAAAUAACCGACGCAGUGUAAGUAUUCAAGGCCUUAUUAGGGAGCACAGG